UUCUAUCCUAAACCCCCAAAGAGCGAUGACUCCGGUGACAUAACUGUUUGUGACAGUUUAAGAGGCUCCUUCUCCUUCAGCUGCCGCAGACCACACGGGCAACUCCAGGAACAUCAGUGGAUGUUGUUGCUUGUUGAUGACUUCUGUGUGUUUCUUACUUGCUCAUAAUCCUUUUGCAUCAUUUGUCACUGUGGAAAUCUCUCUUCUCUCGUUCGGUUGAAUUACUGCCUCAAUUAAUGUGAAAUCCGAAGGAUGACCGAAGGGACGACAUGGGGCUGCAGCUGCAUCGCAACCGCUGACGGGAUCCUGUCAGACUUUCUUUGCUCGACAGCUGCAUCAAACGAUCUGUGGUGCAGCCUGUGGUAAAUGGAAAAUAGCACUUAUCCCCUUUAUUUUAACCUAACGAUGUUUGUGAACAUAGGCAGCUACAUCUACCCAACUACUGUCUUGUGUUUCCUGUUGUACACUUUUAUUAUCUCAGCUAAUCUUGUCAUAAUAGUGGUAAUAGCACGAGAGAAGACUUUACACCAGCCCAUGUAUAUUUUUAUUAUGUGUCUGUCUGUCAACUCGCUGUACGGCUCUGCCGGCUUCUUCUUGAGAUUUCUGAGAGACCUCCUGUCUGAUACUCAUUUGAUCUCGCGGUCAGCUUGUUUCACUCAGAUCUAUGUCAUUUACACCUACGCAUCCUAUGAGCUCACCCUUCUAGGCAUCAUGGCAUAUGAUCGGUAUGUUGCUGUAUGUCAGCCUUUGCAUUACCACAACAAAGUAACCUCCAAGCUGGUCUCUAAGUUGGUCACCCUUGCAUGGAUCUAUCCGGCCUUUUCUGUUGCAGCUUGUGUUUAUCUGUCCUCCAGACUUCCAUUAUGUGGCAACAAGAUACCAAAGGUGUUCUGCGCCAACUGGCCUGUUGUUAAGUUGUCAUGUGUCUCCACUGUGAUUAAUAACAUUGUCGGCAUGCUUGUGUCCACGAGCACAGUCUUUCUGCCCCUUGCUUUUGUCCUGUAUACAUAUGCACGAAUUUUCCUUGUCUGUAGGAAAAGCUCGAUCGAGUUCAGGCGCAAAGUCAUACAGAGCUGUCUGCCACACAUCAUUACAUUCGUCAAUUAUUCCAUUACUGUGUUUUGUGAUGUUGCUCUCAGCAGAAAUGAUCUUGAAAAUCUGAAUCCAUUUGUAGCUGUGAUUUUAUCACUUGAGUUUGUUGUGAUUCCUCCCAUUGUGAAUCCCCUCGUGUAUGGCCUGAAGUUACCGGAAAUUAGAAAAUUUAUCUUAAGAUUGUUGACACCCUCGAAACCCAACAAAGUAAGCCUUAGAAAUAAGAGUGGCGUAACUCAACUGCGCUGUUUCACCAAGUGACUGAUCUUAUCAAGAAUUCUCUCUCUCCUUAUUACACACCUGGCUGCAGCACUGAUGUGUGUCAUAGUAAAGGGAAUCAACACUU